CUUUGCUACCUUUGGUUUCAUCAUCUUCCCCUGUUUUCUUUCCCUUACCAAUCACAGAGACAAAAAUGGAAGCAGCAUGGGCCACAAGUGCAGCCAUAAUUAUCACAGUGACAGUUGCUGUGAUAUGGGCAUGGAGGAUUCUGAACAGGUUGUGGCUGAGGCCAAAGAGGCUAGAGAGGCUGCUAAGAGAACAAGGCCUUAAAGGCAAUCCGUACAGGGUUUUGGUUGGGGACUUGAAGGAUAUUGCGAAGAUACAAAAGGAAGCAAGGUCCAAGCCCAUGAAUCUCUCUGAUGAUAUAGUGCCCUGUGUGUACUCCCAUGUCCAACAAAGUGUCAAGAAAUAUGGCAAGAAUUCUAUUAUGUGGUUUGGACCAAUACCAAGGGUGACCCUCACAGAUCCUGAGCUAAUAAAAGAAGUAUUCAACAAGAUAUAUGAUUUCCCAAAGCCUGAUAUUAAUCCGCUUGUCAAGUUACUAGCUAUUGGUCUUGCAAACCAUGAGGGAGAAAAGUGGAGGAAGCACAGAAGGAUAAUCAACCCUGCAUUCAAUUUAGAAAAAUUGAAGAUUAUGUUACCAGUAUUUUUCAAUAGCUGUAAUGAUUUGAUUAGCAAAUGGGAGGGAAUGUUAUCGCUAGAUGGAUCGUGUGAAAUGGAUGUAUGGCCUUUCCUUCAGAAUUUGACGAGUGAUGCUAUUUCCAGAACAGCAUUUGGAAGUAGUUAUGAAGAGGGAAGAAGAAUAUUUGAACUUCAAAAAGAGCAAGCUUCACUUAUAAUCAAAGUUGUAGUGAAAUCUUUCAUUCCUGGAUGGAGGUUUCUACCUACUACUACCCAUCGGAGGGUAAAGCAAAUUCACAGAGUCAUAAAAGCUUCGCUUACGGAUAUGAUUAACAAGAGAGAGAAAGCAAUAAAAGCUGGUGAAGCCUCUAAGAAUGACUUAUUAGGUAUACUUUUGGAGUCAAAUCACAAGGAAAUUCAAGAACAAGGAAGUGAUAAGAAUGUUGGAAUGAAUAUUGAAGAUGUAAUAGAGGAAUGCAAGCUAUUCUACUUUGCAGGGCAGGAAACCACUUCAGUUUUGCUUGUUUGGACAAUGGUGUUAUUGAGUAGGUACCCUGAUUGGCAAGCACGUGCAAGGGAUGAAGUCUUACAAGUCUUCGGCAACAAGAAACCAGAUUUUGAUGGUCUUAGUCAUCUUAAGAUUGUCACCAUGGUUUUGUAUGAGGUCCUUAGGUUAUACCCACCAGUACUUGCUAUUCCUCGAACUAUUCAGAAAGAUAUGAAACUUGGAAACCUGGCAUUACCUGCUGGAGUGCAGUUUUCCUUACCAAUAGUUUUGCUUCACCAUGACUGUGAACUCUGGGGUGAUGAUGCUAAGGAGUUCAAUCCUGAGAGAUUUUCUGAAGGAGUUUUGAAGGCAACAAAUGGCAGAGUUUCAUUUUUUCCAUUUGGAUGGGGUCCUAGAACAUGCAUUGGGCAAAACUUUUCCAUGUUGCAAGCAAAGAUGGCUUUGUCAUUGAUUUUACAACAUUUCUCAUUUGAACUUUCUCCUGCUUAUGCUCAUGCUCCGGUUCAAAUGAUUACUCUUCAGCCACGAUAUGGUGCUCAUAUCAUUCUACGUAAAGUAGAGAUAUAAAAAUGAUAAUAAGUUCUUACUGUAUGAUUUUCAUUACACAGCGCUGCUGGAAAGCUUAUAGUGUAAUAAUACAAAACUCUGUUAGAUACUAUCAGUUGUGAUUUCUCAUUUGAAUCCCUUAGUGUGUGUUUGGAUUACAAUUUGUAAAUAUGAUU